AGAAGAAUGUUGUUUGUUGUUUACGCGUUAAAAAACGAAUAAUAAAAAAUUAUAAAAACAUAUUUUUAAUAUUUCAUUUCCUACCGGAUUUUAAUAACAUGGUGUGUCAUAUAGAAAAUCUUCGACAUAUUUUCCAAAAAGGUGUUAAUUCUGUACAACCAUUAUCGCUUUUUACUCAAAGUAAAAUAAUAAACAAGAUUAAUUCCGAUGUGAUAACAAUUAACAACAACAAAAUAGAUUUGACAAAUAAGAAAUGUCAUUUAGUUGGUUUUGGAAAAGCUGUUCUCGGUAUGGCAGUUCAAGUGGAGCGUGUCUUGGGUAAAAAUUUAAAAACUGGUAUAUUAAGUAUACCAGUUGGCGUUCAAGAUACAUUCAAAAAUAAUCAAAAUAUGCAAUUAAAAAAUGAUUCUGUUAUAAAAAUAUAUGAAGGUGCUAAAAAUAAUCUACCAGAUGAAAAAUCUUUAAAGGCAGCAAAAGAAAUAUUUUCCUUAGCCAGUUCCAUGUCAUCUGAUGAUAUUUUAUUUGUCCUAGUUUCUGGUGGUGGAUCAGCAUUAUUACCAUUACCGAUUGAGCCUUUACAAUUAAAUUCAAAAUUGGAAAUUAUAAGGAAAUUAUCGAAUGCAGGUGCUACUAUUGAAGAAUUAAAUACAGUAAGAAUUUGUAUGUCAAAAACAAAAGGUGGAAAACUAGCUAUGGCCGCUAAAAAUUCUAAUUCAAUAUAUUCCUUUGUUAUAAGCGAUAUAAUAGGUGAUCCAAUAGAUUUAAUUGCAAGUGGACCAACAGUUCAAUAUAAAACUAGCAAAAAUCAAUUAAGCGCAAAAAGUAUUUUGGAACAGUUUAACAUUUGGAACAGUUUAUCAGAGGAUGUGAAAUUGAUUUUUGAAAAUAAAUCUAAAAAUGAAAUGAAUGAUAUAUUUCCGAAAAACAGUCAUGUUUUUAUAAUAGGCAGCAAUCGAAUUGCUGUAAAAGCAUGUGAAUCCGCAUGUAAAGAACUUUCCUACAUACCUUUUCUUCUAUCAACAUCAAUUAAAGGAAAUGUUGAAAGUGUAUGUGAAAAAUACAUAAAUUUCUUACAAAAUCUAGUACUUUUUAAACAAAACUCGUUAAGCAGUGAAAAAUUUAAAAAAUUGUUUUUGGAUGAUUUUCAAUAUUCUGAAAAUUUUCAUGAAUUAAUAGUAUCCACAAAAAAUUUGAGCCCAUUUUUAUUAAUUUUAGCUGGCGAACCAUCUGUUAAAAUCACGGGUAAUGGACUUGGCGGACGUAAUCAAGAACUUGCUUUACGAAUUUCGUUAGAACUCUAUAAAAAUAACAUUUUACACAAUAUUUUCGUUUUAUGCGCUGGAACAGAUGGAAUUGAUGGACCAACAUCAGCAGCUGGAGCAAUUGGUAAUGUUGAAGUUAUAGAAGAUUACUUAAAAGAUAAUAAAAAAACAAUUAAAGAUAUUGAAAACGUGUACAUACAAAAUAAUGAUUCGUUUAAUUUUUACAAAAACCUGCGUAAUGGUAAAUAUCAUAUUAAUAUCGGGCACACCGGAACAAAUGUCAUGGAUUUGCAUUUGGUAGCUAUAGAUUGGAGUUCAAAAUCAUAAAAGCUAAUCUAUUAUAAGCCACAGUCACAGUUUUCGAAACAAAAACUUUCAGAAAUUGAAAAAGGUUGUAGUAUAUUUUAUCAAAAAGUUUUAUGUUCUCAAAAUAAAUUUA